AACAUGUGUGCUAAUACCAUUUUAAAAUUAUUAACCCUGUGUGCUCUGGCCCAUUUUAUAAGCGCCCACACUCUGAAGGAACAACCCAUCUCCACCGAGCAAAAGUAUCUGAUUGUGCGAGGCGAGAGGCCGGAGGAAUCUGCUGGCUCCCAGGAGCAUCUGGAGUUCAAUAAUGCAGCCACCUUGCUGCUCACUUCAUUCAAGACCCAAACGAUAUCGGCGAGUAAUGCAAUCGAGGAAUGUAGUCAGCCAGCUCAUAAGGCGACCUUCUCAGGCAUUGACUACGUCAUUUUGCUGGGCAUGUUGGUCGUCUCCCUGGGCAUUGGCAUCUUUUAUGGCUUCUUCGAAACUGGCGGCAGUUCAUCCGAAGAUUUCCUGCUUGGCUCUGGCAUGAGUUUACUUCCAGUUACGCUAAGUUUAACAACGAGUUUCAUCACCGCAAUCGAGUUGCUUGGAAAUCCCUCCGAGAUGUAUUUUCAGGGCACGCAGUUUGUGCUCAUUGUGAUUCCCAUGGUGCUCGUUAUUCCCGUGGCUGUGAAGAUCUUUUAUCCCAUCUACUUUAAAAUGGAGCUGACCAGUUGCUAUGAGUAUCUCGGCAUUCGCUUUGGCAAGGAGAUUCGCAUUCUAGGCGCAGUACUUUAUGUAAUUCAAAUGUGCUUUUAUACCGCCGUUGCUGUACUUGCUCCGGCUAUUGCCUUGUCCAAAGCCACGGGCUUGAAUACCAAAAUUGCUGUCAUCUUAAUAUACGUCGUAUGCGUCUUCUACUCUUCCAUGGGUGGCAUCAAAGCUUGUGUUAUUGCAGAUUCUUUUCAGGCUGCUGUGUUGGCCGUCUCGUUGGUCUUGAUCGUGGGUCUUGGCUCUUUUUAUAGUGGCAAUCCAAUAGAAGUCUUUCAGACUGCAGCUGAAUACGAUCGCUUGGAGUUUUUCAACUUUGAUCCCGAUCCAACCACUCGGCAUACAGUUUGGUCUGUGGUCAUUGGAGGCUUCUUCUACUGGACUUCGCUUUUCUGCACCAAUCAGGCUUCUGUGCAAAAGUGCAUGUCCCUGAAAUCCCUGAAGCUUGCCAAGAUUGCGCUGGGAUUUGCCAUAAUUGGACUGAUUAUCGUCUUUUUGCUUAACUUUUACACCGGGCUGAUGGUCUUCACUCACUAUGCGCAAUGCGAUCCCUUGAUUGUGGGUCGCAUCACAGCCUCUGAUCAACUUUUGCCCUACUAUGUGAUCAAUACAUAUGAAGGAGUUUAUACCAUCGCUGGCAUCUUUGUGGCUGGCAUCUUUGCAGCCAGUUUGGGAACUGUUGCCUCAGCCUUGAACUCAUUGUCAGCGGUGACUUGCGAAGAUUUGCUCAUCAAUGGCAUGAACAUUAAGAUUUCACCGGAGAAAGGCGCCACAUAUGCCAAGUGGAUGUCUUUGGGUUUUGGUGCUGUAUCAUUUGGUCUGGUUUUCAUUGUGGAACACUUGGGUGGCGUACUUCAGGCCACAUUGACACUUAAUGGCCUGAUUGGAGGUGUGACUUUGGGGCUUUUUGUUCUUGGCAUUGCUUGCAAGCAGGCAAACACCAAGGGAGCAUUCUAUGGAGGACUCUUGUCGCUGGCCUUGGUCGUAUUUGUGGGCGUGGUGGCGCAACUUGGCGAUGUAAAGACACCAACGUUGCCAACGUCUGUGGAAAGUUGCAAUUGUCAUAUGAAUGUGACGGGCAUCAUUGGCGAUUUACUAAGCGAAAGUCUACUAGUAAAAACUGAGGGAGGAUUCACCUCUUGGCCGAUUUUCCGAAUCAGUUACAUGUGGUUCAGCAUGAUUGGUUGCCUGUUAACUGUUUUCCUCGGCUGGCUGAUAUCACUUAUCAUCGAUGCACUGCAGCGUCGAAGCGUGCUGAAGAUAACCGGCAAAGGCAUUGAUAAUCCUGCGAUAUCCGAUGACAUUUUCCAGAAGGAAACUUCCGUAACGUUCUCCACAGUAGUGAAGCCGACUGAGACGACAAGUGGAGAGGGUCACAUUAAUCUGGCCAUUCACCUCGACGAUGAAAGCCAACCAAAAUAGGUUUUUCGAAAAGAUGAAGAAGAAAUAUUCCUGUAACUGUAAUUGUAACUGUAACCUCCAUGUACAAAGCAAAGUUGUCGUUUAGUUUAGUCGCCAAAAAAAAAAAAACAUUAUCUACUAAGUUAUAGUCGAAUGAGUGAUUUAUUUUUGUUAUUUUUAAGCACACACUUACAGUAUUUUGCUAAACAACUAUUAAAACGCCUUUUGUUGCGUUGAGAUACACAAUAAAAAUCGUGUUGAAGAGAAAUAAUACAUCGGAGGUUGUGAAUUGCUCAAAGACCUUUAUUUUUGUUGUUGUAUUUU